UCUGUUUUCGCUUGGCUCGCGGGGAAGAACACAAACUUCCGCACUGCUUCCUCGUUCAUUACUUUUAGGGAAAACAGAGCCUGGAGAAGAGAAAAAAGUUGAUUUUUCUCACUUUGGAAAGGACAGAAACUAAUCCACAAACUAUUCAAAGACUCGAGAAGGCUGACAGCGUUGGAUGUCCAGGACUGAAUUCAGGAUUCUGAGUUUCUCCGCCUCUAAGAAAGAAGUCUGAGUUUGGUUUCAGGUCUGAAUGGCCACAGCUGCAGAGGAGCCUCCAGGGCUGCAGGGCCACCCCGGUCAAUCGUCUGGGGUUAAAAAAAAUGCUACUCCCGAGAGUCCGACGGUGACCAUGUCUCCAAAUAUGAAGAAGACCAUCGGCCAUCGUGGAAUAAAUCCAACUGGGGAGACCACAUACAAGAAGACAACAUCGUCUGCCCUGAAAGGUGCGAUCCAGUUAGGCAUCACGCACACUGUUGGCAGCUUGAGCCAGAAACCUGAGCGAGACGUGCUGCUGCAGGACUUUGAAGUAGUGGAAAGCAUCUUCUUUCCCAGUGAAGGGAGUAACCUGACACCAGCCCAUCACUAUGGAGACUUCAGGUUCAAGACAUAUGCCCCAAUCGCCUUCCGCUACUUCAGGGAGAUGUUUGGUAUCCGGCCUGAUGACUACAUGUACUCUCUGUGUAAUGAGUCACUUAUCGAGCUGUCAAACUCCGGGGCCAGUGGAUCUCUCUUCUACCUCUCCAGUGAUGAUGAGUACAUCAUCAAGACGGUGCAGCACAAAGAGGCCGAAUUUCUGCAGAAACUGCUCCCAGGAUACUUCAUGAAUCUGAACCAGAACAAGCGGACCUUAUUACCAAAGUUUUACGGACUCUACUGCGUCCAGGCAGCGGGGAAGAACAUCCGUAUCGUAGUCAUGAACAAUCUGCUCCCCAGCACUGUGCGCAUGCAUCUUAAGUAUGACCUAAAGGGCUCCACCUACAAGCGACGAGCCUCGGCUAAGGAGAAAGACAAGGCCGUGCCCACGUACAAGGACCUGGAUUUCAUGCAGGACAUGCAAGAGGGGCUGUUGAUGGAGGGGGACAAGUACAGUGCUGUGUGCAAGACCAUCCAGAGAGACUGUCUGCUGUUACAAAGUUUCAAGAUUAUGGAUUACAGCCUUCUGGUAGGAGUCCACAAUCUAGACCAGGCUUGCAGAGAGCAGGUCAGCGAGGAAGCGGUCGCUGCAGGUGCAGACCAAAGGAGGCCCCAAGGUCAAAAGUCUCUGUACAGCACCGCCAUCGAGGCCAUCCAGGCGGAGGCAGGGAGCAUGGGAUCAUCGGAAACAGAGGACCAAACUGGAGGAAUCCCAGCAAAAAAUGCGAAAGGCGAGAGACUGCUGGUGUAUAUUGGCAUUAUUGACAUUAUGCAGUCCUACAGAUUAGUGAAGAAGCUCGAACACUCGUGGAAAGCUCUGGUCCAUGAUGGGGACACUGUGUCUGUACACAGACCAAGUUUCUAUGCUGAGCGAUUCCAGAAGUUCAUGUGCAACACGGUCUUCAGGAAGAUCUCACUAAAGACCUCGCCAUCUAAGAAGCGCCGUGCAGUCACACAUGGUCCCUUGAGAAAGACAACCGGCUCUGGGCCUCCUCUGUCGACCCAGACAAGCACAAACAGCCAGCACGCCUCCCUCCAAUAUCAAAUCAGCUCUGACACCAAAGAAGACUCUGAAGGAGACAAUGGCAUGCAGUCAGGUCGUCCUGACCUCCUCCCAAGCGCCUCACUGCCAAGCGAAGGUGUUGACAGUGCGUCCGAAACCACAGUCUCCUUCUCCUCCUCCUCCAUGGGAAACUCUGCAUAUGCUCCCACAGGUCAGCCUUCACCUCCCUCUCAGCAUAGCAGCAGGUCAGGAGGAGUGGAUCUUCACAACAUGUUGAGCAAAGCUCAGGAGCACAGCAGCCCCAAGAGCUCUCAUGUUGGGACUCUCGAGGACAGUCUUGGUUCCGUGGACGUGAUCUCACUCAGUGACAUCGUUCCCACUGCAGGCAAAUGCUCUGUGUAGACGUGGUAAAGAAUAAUGAACCCAAACAACUGGAAGCAAACUUGGAGAAUAUUUUGGGCAUGGAUCAAAUGUUACAACCCCCCGUUAGUGUGAUUUGAGGUACCAGGAUUAAAUACCUGUGCAGCAGCAUGACUAAGUGGGGUGUUAUUUUUGUUGUCUUUGUUUUUGCACUUUGAUUUCCAAAUCUGAACGUGGUAUGAACUUGUGAGUGUGUGGUUGUGCUCUGACACUAGUAAUUAUGGGUGCAUUGAUGCUGUUUUGUUGUUGAACACUAUUAUUCAAAUCAGAGGAAUGCUUGGAUGCACAACCAAAGAUUUUUCUUCCCUCUGAUGAGCACAGUGUGAGGACUCCUCUUUACUUUAGAACUAAAUUUCUUCAUACAAGCAUCAUUUUUUGUAACACGUAUUGUCCAGCUGUUGCACGCUUUCUGUGAACAUCAUGAGGUUCACACACCACAUAGUGUUCCUGCUUUGUCUUUAACAUGCUUUGACACAAAACUAGUUUACUUGUGAUUAAGGACAGGGUUAGAUGAAAUGAUUUAUUUUUGAAAGAAAUGACCGUAUUCAUCGAGGGGAAAUGGAUAUUUUUUCAAACUUACUUUGAGUAGAAAUCGUGCUGGAAAAAAGCCUCCAUCCUCAGCUUGUGGUUACUUUUUAACCAGUUGUUGUGAUGGAUCUCAAAAAACCUGAUAAAGACUAUGAAUCUGUCACCUUCCAUGUUCAGGUCAAAAGGUUAUUUUUAAAACACAAACACUGUCUCUCACGUUACAUUAGUCUAUCAAAGAUGGGAUACUAAGAUGUUUGCAUGGAUAUAUUAUUGUGCCGUUGAGAGCAGCACUAAACGUGUUGACACUGAGGCUUGUUUCAUGAAACAGGGCGCGUCGUGUGUCGAAUAAGUCUUGAUUUAACUUUGUUUACUCAGUGUUAGAAGGAGUAAGAAAUCCUGCUGAGUUUCUGCAACUAAUGCCACCACAGAGUGAACCCUCAGAUUGAGCCUGAGUGGGAAAUGGAGUAAUUACUCUUACAGGGUCUCACUGAACUUUUACCCGACAUUAUAUAACAGUUUCUUGUAGCAUUGAGCUCAGCAUUAUAACAUUGCAAACACGGUACAAUCACUUUGUUUUUCAUUGCAGCGUGUGAUGUUGGAGAUAGUUUUAAAGUUAAUCUUUGCAUUCUGAGAAGAUGUCCCACUGUGGCUGUAAAAGCUGUAAUACUUUACAGGAUGUAUGCACACUUACACUGCAUCCCUGAAGAACAAACUUUGAUUUAGUAGUAGACAAAAGUAGUAGCAGAAGUCCAGACCAGAGGACAGAGUGAUUUAGAGUACCUGUUUAGCACUGUUUUUGUGUGUGUGCAUUGAUAUAGUGUUAGAAGUAGUAUGAAAGUUACAUACAAUUGAACAUAAAAUAUAUGUAUUGUUGAAUAGAAAGACCUGGCUUCUUUGGAGAACAGACGGUUGCAACCUUUGCAGGUUCUACUUUUCCAAAGGAGCAAAUCAGGGCCAAAAGGAUCAAAGUAGAUAAAAGGAGCUUUGACUCAGCUGCUAAAUAUUAGAACAAAAACUGAGCUGGUACUGCAUCUUCCUUAAAGACCUUUCAUACUGUUCCACCGUUUGUAGUAGUCUGCUGCUAAAAUUAAGAAAAGCAACACAUGUUAACGUAAUAUAAUAUGGAUUGAGCUGACGUUAGCUAUUACCAUCACUUGAUCACAUAUCAGAGCCUACCUAUGAAACUGAUUCAUCAUGGAUGGCUUCUUUAUUUUUAUGUUCUCUAGUCUUUGGAUUCCUUUCCCUUCGUUUUAUAAUUCAAUGAUUACUCCCAUGAAUUAGUUGUAUUAAUCAUCAUGUUAAUAUGACUUUUGUUUUUGCAAGUGUGAUAAGCUUUGGUAAACUCAUUUACAGAGUUAUUAGUCUUGUAAAAAAUAAAAGGUUUCACAGAGGAGCCUCUGUUAGCCGAAGUGAAGCUGAUGAUUUACAGAGGAUGUUUUGAGACUCCACCCCAGCUGUGGUCGAGUUUUUUCCCCCCUCUCUUUAGCAAAGAGUGGUGAUGGCUGUCAGGUGUGUAAAGCACAACAGAUAAAGCUUUCUUGAGCUCAGAUGACGUAGUAUUGGAUGUUCAUUUCCAGUUGGUUUUGGCACCAAAAUAGGAAUUAAGUGUUUAAACUUGGGUGUUAUAGCUGGAAUUGAAAAUGUAAAAAACAUGUAUUAUGGUCUAUUCUAUGCAACGUUGCGUAAAAAGAAUAAUUUGAAAAAUAUUUUGAGUGUUUAAGAAAAUCCUUGUUCACUCUGAAUGACCAUUUGAAUUGGCCUUUCUAAUGUAGAUAUCAUGGCCGAGGCGCAGUUUAGCGUGCAUAUUACCAGUGGUAUAUAGAGUUUAUUUUAUUCUAUUGGCUGCUAUAUCAAACUGCCUUAACAUUAAAAGUGAGCGUUUCCUGACUGUAAUCCCCCAAAGCAGUUACACACACACAGCCUAUGAACCAAACAUGUAAAUAGUCACAUGUAUCAUAGUAUUUAUAACUGUAUGUCUGAAAUGUCCUGGUUUGCAGCGUGUUUGUUUUUAGUGAUUUCAAUGUGCCUUGCUUUGGUACAACAAACCUGUGUUGUAAAAGUCUUUUGUUCUUUGUGAUGAUUUUCGUUAUACUGUUAAAUCAUGUUGUAUUUUUCUCUGUGACCUUUAAUACAUCUUCACUUGCCUUUGAAUUAUAGACCAUUAAUGUGUGCACACUUGUAUAAAAGAAUCACAACAUUGCCUUUUCACUGCAGAUGUAUUUUGUAUUUCUCUCUCUGUUGCUAUUUUUGAACUGUUUUUUUUCCUUUACACUUGUGCCUAAAAAUAUUAAAUAAAAAAGGCAUGUUGCUUUUGUUUAUAUUACAUUGUACAGAUAAUUGUCUCUAACAGAGUUAGUUAGGCAAUAUUACUGCAAUGCAUACUGUAAGACAAUAUUAAAUCAUGAACUCUUGGGCAUUUUCACUGUAAAUUAUGAGGUAUUCUUUUGUAUUUACUGGUGUAUUUCCCUCUUGCAAUGUUGUAAAACAAUAAACAUGACUGGUUCAUAAAAUA